ACUGUGGCAGCAGCUGCUCGCACUUCCUUGGUGGUGAGACGGACUUACUGAAGCAUACAGCAUGUCAAAUCCAAAGUCUUAACAGAACAAAUAUCGUGACCCAUAUACAUAAAACUACUAUUGUAACCCCUUUUACAACCGUGUCUCCUAGAAAUUACGUUUACAGCAAAUACAAUCUGACAAACAUAAUGCCACCUGAACUAUGUUUUUACGCGACAUAAAGAGGAAAUGUUCCUAAUUAACUUAUUGGCUAAGGGGCAAAUGAUUUAAUCAGAUUAAUUGCAAAAUGUUCGCUGACGCGUUAUUUAAUUUUUUCCCCUACACUAUCUGCUCGUAGCAGCUAAAGCGCGGUUAACGUUUUAUUAGUCACACAUGGUUCUAUGGAUCUCCACGCCGGUCUGUUGGUCAGUCCACCACUUUGGUCUAGACAGAAGUAUCUAAACAACUAUUAAAUGGAUUGCCAUGAAAUUUGCUGCAGAUAUUUGUGGUCCCUACUGGAAAAAUUCUAAUGAUUUUGGUGAUCAUCUAGCGCCACCAGCAAGUUUUCACUUACUCAGUGAGAUAUUGACAUCUACGAAAUGGAUUGGCACACGAUUUUGUACAGACGUUCGUGGUUCCCAGACGAUGAAUCCUAAUGGCUUUGGUGAUCCUCUGACUAUUCCUUCAGUGCCACCAUGAGGUUGGCAAGUGUCUUGACAGCUAUUGAUGCAUUGCUGUAAAAUUUGAUGUAACAGAUAUUCAAAGUCCCUAGAGGAUAAAUUCAAACAACUUUGAUGAUUCCUUAACUUUUCAUCUAGCGCCAAAAAUUUCAAUUUGGAUUGAAUUUGGUUUCAGUAUUUUACAAGAUACUGACUUAAAGAGAAAUCAAGAGUUACAAUGCUCAUUUAACCCCCUCGCCUGGCUGCUUCAACUCGUGGCAAGAAAAGUGUUGUUACAUUAUUUAUGACAUUGGUCGUCACCUUGACUCAUGAUAGCUGUGGUAGCGGACAAUGUGAAUGUGUAAUGAUUCUGCGCUGGCCAAUGCAUGACUGAUCGAUAGACGCUGGUCUCUCUCUGUCUUUAUUGAUCAGCCACUGUGUGAGUGCCUGCAAGCCAGACUGAACAGACAAAAAAAGCCUUGCUUCUCAUUACUCAAAGAGCAGUCCAAGCAUUGUCAAUUUUGAUGGAAACCAGCACUCUUUUCCCUGACACAAUGUUGAAGAAUGAAAAAUACAGUUAAGAUCUUUUGGAAGGGAUUAUUAUAUCAAAUGCUCUCGUCUCCCUCCAGACCAGACCCACAAUGUAAUUUGUAACGUCACUUAAAAUUACAGCUUUUGCCAGACUUAAUAAGUCAUUUUUUAACUUCCCAGACUGAUAAAAAGUCUAUCUUUAGCUGCCUUCAGCUCCAGAGGUUUGGAUACAUAAUAGGCCUGUUUAAUCCUCAGCUGGCAGCCAAUAGAAAGGGCUAGAAAAUUUUGGAGAAAAUGGACUGAAUUCAUUUGUGGAAUAAAAACUCUAUUAAGUAUUUAUUUAUGAAUGCAUGUGAGAUUGCACAUAGGCAUGUGUUUACAUAGACAAUAAUCAACUUUUAGUGUAGUGUGAUAAAAGUGUCUCUCUUGCCCAGGGUCUAAGCUUUAUAUUUGUCCCUUUUUGCUGAGCUGAUUCUUCUGUGUUUGAUAAGUGACCAUGCAGCCGACGCAAAAAAACAAACAAACAGCCUGGUUCCUUUUUAGUCUCUGGUUUACUCACUCCUGCAUGAGUUAGAAUGGAAAUUAUGUAGCCUAACUUCUUCAACAUAACUCCUUUUUCUUUUUACAAACCUUUUGUUGCCAUGGAGAUGAAAACCCAGACAAAACUUAACUUUUUACUGAGAUGCAACUACUGGGAGGUUGUUAAUCGCAGCAUGAGGACUACUUUUUAAUAUUUAUCAGAUUUAUAUGCAGGAAUUGUACGAGCAGGUGUUGACAAUAAUACAAACAAUAUAAAACUUAGUGUUUCCCCGGUGGCACUGUCCGUGAUAUUGGCAAUAAAGCCCUUGCGGUCCUGGCUAAUGAACCUGAUAUCGCAAAGGUCAUUGUCCACUGCGGCACAAAUUAUAUCUGUAAAAAACAGUCUGAAUUACUGAAAACUGCCUUUGUCCACUUGUUUGCCACACUGAAAAGAUCCGUGAGUCGCAUCCAUGUGUCCGGUCCUAUCCCCUAAGAUGGAGAGCAUUCAAUCGAAGAUUUCACCUGAUCCACGGCAUCCACCCACCGCCAGCAACAAUCCUGUUUCCCUCACCCAGUUUCAAACUAUGUCAUCUCAGCACUCGAUAAAUUAAUCUAUCAAAUGAAAUCCUCCACCUGUGUUUUAGAUAUUAUACCAACCGUUUUCAAAAGAGUUUUUUCCCACUGUUUUCUUUGAUUGUUAACAGCUCUCUGACCCCUGGCAACUUUCCAAACUGUUUCAAACAUGCAAUUAUUCAACUGCUUCUGAAAAGAAAAAAACAACUCUAUAAUUACAGACCAAUUUCUAAAUUAUCUUUUGUAUCUAAGGUGCUGAAGAAAGUAAUUUCAACCCACUAAAUCAUUGUUAUGCACAACAAUAUUUGAAGCAGUUUUCAGUCAGGUUUUAGAGCUCGCCCAUGCACAGAGACAGCCCUUGUAAAGGUCCCUAAUGACCUACUUUUAACAGCUGAUAGAGGUGACUGCUCAGUCCUCGGACUAUUAGAUUUGAGCACCAACUUUGACACUGAUCACGUCGUCCUUGUGCACCGUCCAGAAACCUGGGUUGGUCUUAAGGGGACUGUCCUACAACUGCUACGUUCAUACCUAACUAAAAGAACCUUUUCAGUUGUUAUAGCAAAUGUCAGUUCCUCUGUUGCUGAUUUUAAUUGUAGUGUCCCUCAAGGGUCCACGUUAAGAAUGCUGUCCAGUCUUGCUUCUUUCAGCUAAAGAAAAUUUCCAAAAUCAGAUCAUUCCUGUCUCCCACUGAUUUGCACAAAGUUAUCCAUGCUUUUAUUUUUUCCUGCCUAGACAAUUGUAAUGCACUUUAUGCCGGUAUCAGUCAGAGCUCCCUUCAUCGACUCCAACUGGUGCAGAAUGCUGCUGCUCGAAUUUUAAUAAGCACCAAGAAAUACGAUCACAUUACUCCUGUGCUAGCCAACUUACACUGGCUCCCUGUUUUUUAUUCCGUAUUGAUUUUAAAAUUUUACUAUUCACUUUAAAAGCUUUAAAUGGCCUUGCUCCAAAUUACAUGAAAGAUUUACUGACUCCCUGUGUGCCUGGGCGUUCUGAGAUCUGUGGAAGCAGCUCUGCUGGUUGUUCCUAGAUUGCGGCUUGUGACCAAAGGUGACCGGGCCUUUGCUGUUAGAGCCCCCAGACUGGAACAAUGAAAUUAGACAGGCUACAUCAUUGUCAUCUUUUAAAUCCUGUCUUAAAACCUUAUUUUAUCAGAAGAUGUUUAUGAAUUCUUAAAUAGAAGUUACUGGGUUUUAUCAUUCUACUCCUGCCAUUUAACAUUUUUAAACUUUAUUUCAUCCCUUGAUGUUUUAUGAUCCCUGUGGUGUUUUUUAUUUGGCUCUUCUUUAUCAGCUCUUCUUUAUCUGUGUUGUUUUAUUUCCGUUUUUUUUCUCUUUUUCUGUGAAUUGCUUUGUAACCUUGUUAAGAAAAGUCCUAAGAAAUAACAUUUAUUGUUAUUAUAUUAUUGACAGUGAUUAGAAAGAAACAGUCAUCACCUAAAAAUCACCAGACCACUAGAAAAGUAGCAAUAUAAAUCUAAAUAUGUCCAUUUCACCACACAGUGCCCUGCAAUCAGUCAUUUGAAAUCAAAUGGAGAAGAUGAUCAGUGCCUGUAUUGACAAGUCUGUCUUUAACCCCAAGAUUAAACAUUCCCAACAUUUACUGUCAUGCAUUAAGGUGAACAUAGAAAUGUCAUCAUAAGUAGCAGGUAGUACAUAGUGAUACACAAUGACUCAAGACGGAUGAUGUACUGUCUCUCCUAUCAGCACUUUAAUAAUAUAGUAACAAGUGUCUCCUUUGUAGAUAUGGUUGACAUAUCCACAAAGGAGGGUGGGUGGGUCGCUUCAGACAUCGGUAUUUCUAAAAUACUGUCUAAGGCCCUGCUCAGAAAGGUCCUUUCAGGUCCUUGGUUUAAUGGAAGAGGAGGUUUAACUAAGGGGUUCCAGUGUUGUGGUUCUUUUUAGUAAUGAAGCAGUUAAAUGAAAAAGUUUUUUUUUUAGUCUUGAUAUUUUUAAACAAUGGCUAAUAAAAUAUAUUACCUCGGUUUUUAUUAUACUGCUAAAGUCUGCUUUUCUUUUUAUAUACAGUAGGCUAUUCCUGAUAGAGAGAGGUUUUCCCAUGCCCUAGAACUAAUUUUUUCAGGCAGUGCAAAAGAGGUCAAUAGGUUUUUUUAGAUCAGUGUCAUCCGCUUUAAGAGGAUUUUCUGAGUAUGUUCAUAGUGGAGUACUAGAUGUUGCCAUAUUUGGAUAGAAGAGAGGCUCAGCUUCUCCUUUGGGUUUGACAUGUUGAAAUUAAAACCCAGACUGGCACAAUAAAAAAAAAUAAAUAAAAAAAGAGCAGAUUGUGCAUUAGCCGUAAAUCCCAUUUGAACUCAUUAACCCCGUGCACGUGCGCCUAAAACCACAGACAGUGACGGACGCCUUUGAUGAAGCCUGUCCGUAUGAAUUACAAACAACACUGAUUUUGCAUUUUCGUCAUUAAUCACAGCUGUAACAAAGGCCGACACUUGAGGCGAUUCUGUCACCACAUGGCGGAGUGGAAAUGAGGUGACUGAUCCCGAGGCUCCUGUGUUCUGCUAACAAUGUCGGGGAAAAGCAUCUUUAGACGAACACACACACAUUGAACUGUGCGUACAAAACUCUGCGAAGCUGGCGCGCGCCUGUUUUCAGCACCACGGAGAGCAAAAAAACCAAAAACCCUCAACAUCAAGAAGACACAAAGAAUAAGCAAUUCAAUAUUCCGUUUUUAUUCAUCGCGUUUGGACAGUGAAUAUCUUGACAGCCACAGCGCAGCCAUCUGUUGUCAGUUUCCCUGAAAAACCUGAUUACAUCAGCUCACUUUCUGUGAGGAAAGUGAAACAAUGAUUGGUGACAACAUUAUUUGGUCUGUGUCAAAAGUGUUAGACACAAUCAUUGUCUGACUUUUUGUGCAGACACAGUGCAAAAGGGGAUGUUGCUCCUGAAUGGCUUUUAUGUUGUGCUUUUCGUUUUUAUUUGAAGUUAACUCGAUAAGAUUUGGAUUCGGGCUGAGCUUUAAAUGCCACAGACAGGAAAGCAGCGCUGAUCUCUUCAUGUCUGCGUUUAUACAAGGUGAUACAAGAUCUAUAUGAGCUCACAGAGAUAAUCUAACUGGAUCAAAAAGGUGUGGAUGUGAUUUCUUCAAGUCCACCACGCUUGAAUGAAGGUGUGUGCUCGACAUUAAGUGACAAGUUAAGUUCUGAUUGGGCGGGUGGUGGACGUAUGUCAGACAUAUGCGCGCCGUGGGCGGAUGCCGACGUGUUUGUAAAAAGAAAAAAAGAAAAAGGCAGAGGGGAGUGCGGCGCUUUAGUGUGUGGAUGCGCGGAGAUCGGUGAUGGUUAGAGGAGAUGCAAGUGGCGUUCUCCUCAGCUCUCCAAAGCUGUAGGCUUUGGCCGGGAGAGGCGUGGCGCGCUCUGCCCCUACAGACCGAAAACCACCUGUAUGGAUGACCAGACCUUCAGCGUGAUCCAGUCGCCCUCGUCCGCCAAGCUCAGGGGCAGCAACGCGACUGACUGCCGGGAUUAUGCCAAGGUGGAGAGGAGCGUCAUGACGGUGGAAAACAUGCUGGAGGAGUCCGCCGUGCUCUCGGCGCCUCACCUGUCGGUGGAUCGAUAUGAGCGCGGUCGCCAGGGAUGCUGCGAGAGGAUGGUGAUCAACAUUUCGGGUUUACGCUUCGAGACGCAACUUAAAACUUUCAACCAGUUCCCAAACACGCUGCUGGGGGACCCCAGGAAAAGGAUGCGCUACUUUGAUCCACUGAGGAACGAGUACUUCUUUGACAGGAACAGACCGAGCUUUGAUGCCAUCCUGUACUACUACCAGUCAGGGGGGCGCAUACGGAGACCUGUCAACGUCCCCAUUGAUAUUUUCUCCGAGGAGAUCAGGUUUUAUCAACUCGGAGAGGAGGCCAUGGAGAAAUUCCGUGAUGAUGAAGGGUUUAUAAAAGAAGAGGAGCGCAUACUGCCCAAACAUGAUUUCCAAAAGCAGGUUUGGCUUUUGUUUGAGUAUCCUGAAAGCUCUGGGCCAGCAAGGGGAAUAGCCAUCGUUUCAGUGCUUGUUAUUUUGAUUUCAAUAGUAAUUUUCUGCAUGGAGACUCUGCCGGAAUUUCGGGAUGAGAGAGACCAAACCACAGUGGCACCCACAGUCAAUGGCACUGUUCCCCACGGGCCAAGCCCGUUCACAGACCCCUUCUUUGUGAUAGAGACUCUGUGCAUCAUAUGGUUCUCUUUCGAGUUGCUGGUCAGGUUUUUCGCCUGCCCCAGCAAAACUUCCUUCUCCAAAAACAUCAUGAAUAUCAUUGACAUCGUCGCCAUAAUCCCCUACUUCAUCACUUUGGGGACUGAGCUGGCCGAGAGGGAAACCAACAGCGGCCAACAGGCGAUGUCCCUCGCCAUCCUGAGGGUGAUCAGACUGGUGAGGGUCUUUCGCAUUUUUAAGCUGUCACGACACUCAAAGGGACUUCAGAUUUUGGGACAGACCCUAAAGGCCAGCAUGCGGGAGCUCGGCUUGCUCAUAUUUUUCCUUUUCAUCGGAGUUAUUCUCUUUUCCAGCGCGGUUUACUUUGCAGAAGCAGACGACCCCUCGUCCAGUUUCACCAGCAUCCCAGAUGCGUUUUGGUGGGCAGUGGUCACCAUGACCACAGUCGGAUAUGGAGACAUGCAUCCGGUGACCAUUGGUGGGAAAAUAGUGGGGUCGCUGUGCGCAAUAGCAGGCGUGCUGACCAUCGCCUUACCCGUGCCAGUGAUUGUGUCAAAUUUCAACUACUUUUACCACAGGGAGACUGACGGAGAGGAGCACCCACAGUACGUGCACACAGGCAGCUGUGAGCACCUCCCCUCGGAGGAGCUGAGGCGGUCGUGCAGCUCCUCAUCCCUCAGCAAGUCUGAGUACAUGGUUAUCGAGGAGGGCAUCAACAGUGCGUACAAACAGCCCAACUUCACCACCGAAAACAACCAGAACUGCGUGAACAUCAAAAAGAUCUUCACAGACGUGUAAAUGAACCUCAGAAUGGAUCAUUUAUGGAGCAUGAAGAAAUAGUAGCUAUAAUAUAAUUUUUUUUUUUAUAUAGCCAGUCGUAUUGUGUCCAUAUCUGUGGAUGAAUGCUGCGUAAAUGUCCGUUUUAACAAGUCAUUUAUCCUAUUUUUAUUGAAGCAAAUGAGAAAUAUGAUUCUACUUGUUUCCAGUGUUGAUUCACAUGUUGACUAAGAAGUAUUAAUAUGAGCCAAAAACAUUUGCACUGGAAAAGUAUUCGUUUCGGCACAAGAUGCUGUUAGUUGCUUGUUAAAACAGAUAUUUUUGCAUUGUAGUGCCACACGAUGCCUACAUAUCUGAUGUUUAUGCGAAAGUUGUUGGUGUUCAUGAUUGGGAUACACGUGUAGCAUAGUCUACUAUAUUGCAUCUACCCGCCAGUCAAAAAAAAAAAACACGUCUUGUGCUUCGUGGAAAGAAAAAUGUCAUUGUCCAGUAAUAUAAAGAAUAGAUUAUGGUAAUUUAUAUAGCUGAAUGCCUGUUUAGGAUAUAUUUAAUAUCAUAACCUGUUGAGAUGUUGGACUCUGCGUGUUUUCACCUGGAUAAUAAUCUGAACAAGACUCAGAGUGGUGGAGAUGGAAACGCUUAGAAGUCGAGCUUUUCGUAAAAUUGUAUUUUUAUUCAGAACUGCCUAUAUAGCCUAUAUUAAACAAAACGGAAAUUAAGUGAUCCUGACUCAAAAUGUAUUAUAACCUUUGGCUAAAUAUCCAAUAUCAUUGCAAAUUUCGUCCGAAGCGAGCAGGUGGUGGAUAUGAAAUAUAUACAGUGUGAAUAAUUGUGUGUUUGAGGUCAUGUGCUCAGUGACGACAGGAUGAAAACAGAAAGGAGGGAGAACGCGCAGAACGUCUUGCUCGCUGAAUGCCUUGUGAUGCAGUCUCCAUGACGACGGUGGUUUCCUGGGUAACCCCCUCUAAUGUUACCAUGGCAUUGUGUUGCACUUUCCAACUGUGGUUCACUAUCACCUUUGUGUCCUUGGAGGGGAAAAAGGGGGCAACUGCUGCAUAUGCAAGUUUUUUGAUAUCAUGUUAAACUAACGUGGAGUUUGAUAAUAAGUUAUCAGCUUCCUUUUUAAAGGUGAUCCAAUGCAUAUCAAUCAGCACUAUUUGUCCUCUAGGCAAAGUUAGUUAGCCUGUAAUCUCAGGCAGUGGGUUGGCAGGCAUGUAGAAAUAUAAUGAAAAUCAUGAAAAGCUGCAGCCCCUCUUUUGUUUCCCUUCACUAAAACCGCCUCAGCUGCUCUGUUUUUCAGAUGUGAGCUCCAUUCUGAGUUGGCAUGCCAACUAGGUCUGACGUCAGCCACCUUUCAUCCCCUCCAGCAGACACUUGCACGUUUUGCUUUUAGUACAAAGUGUCUGAGAGCUGAAGUGACAAACAAACAGUGAAACUCAAAGGAGUCCACUGAAAAUUAAUUACAGACUGCAUUUCCUCUACAUGUAUCAUGUUGGCUUGAGAGUUAUUAAAAAUUAGUUAUGACUUCACUUUUAUUAUGCAA